AUGCAGCUCAACUUCUUCGUCGUCCUUGCUGCCGUCUCGGCUGUUAUGGCCGCCCCCAACCCCGUUCCUCAGACCUCUUGCAGCAUUGCAAAGGUCAACGAGUGCAUUAAGCAGUGCGGUGGCGGUUCCUAUGACUGCUUCAACAACACCUGCUUCUGCCCCUAA